AUGACUACCUCUCAAUUAGGAGAAUACCUCUCCUCGGCAUCUGCCAAUGCUCUCAUAUCGGAUUUGAGACCUACAACAGUUUCUCCUCCCGCAUUACAAGCACUCAACAAUCUACUUGAUGAAAUACUCGUAUCCAUCUUGACCGCGUCACAAUCCCUCAACCCGUUUGAUCUGAGGAAAGAAGGUGUACCAUCUGUCUUUUCAGCUGAUAAAGGACCUUCGGCUCAAGUUGAAACUACCAAUAUCAGAGCUUUGGGUAGAUCAGCAGUCGCCGAAGCUGAAGUAGAAUUGAGAUCAUGGCAAGAAGGCAGAAAUUCAUCCAAAGGUAUUGGAUUUGGAAAUGACGGGCAAGGUGAUGGAAUGAGAAACGGUAGAACAUUCAAUUUGGAAGUUGCAAUAAAUCUAAUGAGAAUAAAAUGUUGUUCAUAUUCAACCAUGGCGGCGCAGGAGAACUCGGAUGAAGGAGCAGAAGAAGAAGCUUUAGCAGAGUGGAAAAAAGCUGGUGGUGAGAUAUCGGAAGACACAAUUGAACCUGCUGCUUUGUGGAUAACAGCAAUUAUCGAACAUGUCUGCGAGCACAUCCUCUCUCAGUUAGCUAGUGUCGUAUCCCGAGAUUCAGAAGUCGUAGUGGCUGGACCUGAAGAGCUGUAUACAGCUUUAUGCGAGGACGAGAGUGUAUGGGUAUUGUUCAAGAAGAUGAAGGUCAAGGAACAACUUGAGGGAACUAUCCGAGCAAGCACACGUAAUAAGCGUGCCACCACAUCAAGACAUUCCAAUCCUCCUGGUCGCGCAUCACCUCACGCUUUGGGUUCACCUCACGCAUCAAGAGUAUCUUUAGUCCAACCACGAGACAGCUCAUUUGAAUCUCCUAGAGGAAACACUCCUCCCUCAACUCAGGAGUCUAGAUCAUCAGUAGAAACCAAUCGAUUCGGUGGUAUAGCAGGAGGGGUUAUGCGAAAAGGAUCCCAAAUAAGUAAGAAAUCAAGUAGCUCACCCAGUGGUAAACAUCAUUUACUUCGAGGUCAACCUGGUAGUGGAUCACAUGAACGCACAGGAAGCGCUUUAAGUGAAAAUACAAGAUCGAUGUUAGGUGCUCAUAAUGAUUCAUACGACGGAGCAGAAGAAGAGGAUGAAAGACAAAGUGAACAAUCAAUUCAAGAUGCUCAAGAUGAAUUUGAUGCUUUGGUAAGAAGCGGUGAAACUAUGAAAGUUAGCUUGACACCUAGCAGAUUGAAGAAUUUCGACGGAACCGCCAACAGACGUAGAGCGACUGAAUCACCGAAUCCAUCUAUCUCAGGAAGGUCAAUGACUGGUUCUGGUACGAGAUCAGAAUCCGUUAUCACUCCUUCACAAUUUCCUACUCCACCUAGAAAUCAACCUGGUCCAGCCUCAGCAUCCUCUCCUUCGCGAUCAUCUCCAAUCACUCACUCUUCACCUACGCUCUCGAACAGACCUAGAGCAGAUUCAGCUCAACGUAGGCUCCAAGCGCGUGCCGCAUCAACCAUAGAAGAGAAUGUCGAAGACGAAGAUGAACAGCAAACUAAAUUAGCCGGUCCGACCUCGAAGAAAGAGAGUUUACUUGAAUUACUCGCUUCAGAAGAAGCUUAUGAACCUAUUAGCCCAACCAAGAAAAACGAUAAAAUCAAACGCAAAGUUCCAGCUGUUGUUUUAGGUACACCACCACCACCUCCCAUAGCUGAGUCGGAAUCCGAGAAUUUUGGAAACAAUCAGUUUACACCUCAAACCACGACCACCACAAGCAGCUCUUCCCCAUCAACAAAUACACAAUCACAAUUCACAUCACCACAUAGUUUACCGAGAAACGCGUUUUCUCCUCAUCCUACCCUCACCAGAUCACAGUUCUCCUCAUCAAGCUUGAAUAGACCCAAUGGUAGAUCAAGAGAAGUUUCAGGUGAUGAAGAUGAUGAUCAAUUCCAGUUCCCGAGCCCUAGUCAACGUAACAAGGAAAGAAAGAAAACUGAAGCUCAAGAAUUAGCUGAUUUCUUCAACAACACACCUCCACCUGAUUCCUCUCCAACUUUCAAAUCACCCGAACAAGAAGAGGAGGAAGAAAUACCUGAACCACAGACUGCUAAACCCGGAAAAGGUUUCAGAGCCUUAGUUUCAAAAGUCACGAAAUCGAGAAAAGAUAAGACAGCCAAUUCCUCUUCUUCAUUAAGUACUUCAGCAUCGUAUUCCAAAUUGAGUCCUCCGGGCGGAGGCGGACCUAGAAUAACUGGAUGGGCAGGAUUCGAAGAUCCGGGUUCCCAGCCUCAACUAGGACAAGGAGGAGGAAUGGGCAUGCCUAAGAAGCAAAAGUCUUUACACAGUUUAUCAACAGUCCCAGUUGCGUUUCGACCAUUUGCGAGAGAAGAAGAUUUUAUCAAUGCAGAUAACGCUAGAAGAGGUAGUACAGCAAGUAAACAUUCUGAUAUCCUCAAGGAAGCUACAAACAGGUUUCACGAGAGAAGAGGAAGUGAUAUUACGUUUAACAACGGGGAAAGAAGAGGUAGUCUGGUUGGUACGAUCCCUGAUAGAAGAGGAAGUGCAGCAGGUGUAGGUUAUACAGAGGAAAGAAGAGGUAGUCUAGUUGGAAUUAGCGCAGAAAGAGGAGGAAGUCGGACUGACAUUUCCAACGAAAGAAGGGGUAGCGCAUCAGGAUUAGGUGAUCGUAAAAUGGUGGGGUUAGGUAUAGCAACCUUAUCAGAUGACUCCAAAUCUACCUCUUCCGCAACAGCAGUCCCUCGAGCUCAAGAUGACACAGCUCAAACUCGCCAACAACAAAGUACAGAGGAUGCAUCUACGACUCAACCAAUUUCCGAAGGAAUUCCAACUCUAGGUCAAACACUACCACUUCAUUCCACACAAAGGCCAGACCUCGAUACAGUGAACAUGCCAGGUAGUGCAGCGAGUUUCAGGACUGCCAACUCUGUUUUUCCCGAAGACCAAAUUCCUUCGUAUUCACUAAAACCCUCAAAUGACUUAGAGGAGAAUGAGACUGAAAUAGUGAAAAACAACGCGAAAUCCUCACGAGAAUCAAUCUCUCAGAAGCAAAGUCAGAUUGGGAGGGACAGUCAAAAACCUACCAUCCGAUCAAUUCCGUCAAGCGACCUCAUACCGUUGAGAAGCCUACUCGACCACGCUACGACUGUUCAAGAAUGUCAAUCCCUGUUAGAUGCUAUGUUAUCUCAACUCGGCGUUCCAAGGCAGAUAGCUGGAAGAGGUGAUCCGAUCGUCGAUGAAGACGUCACCGAGAGCAAAGAGGGAAUGGACCGUGGUCCUGCAGGAUUCGAGGCUGGCUCAGCCCUGAAAGACAAAGGCAGAUUGUCGACAAGGACGGAAGAGGAAGAUAUCCUUAGUGGAAGUGAAAAGUGGACGGACUAUGAGACUGAUCCUGAAAUUGAGAAUGGAGUCCAAGUGACUGCUAGGAUUGGCGAGAGAGGGAGUCCGGUCAAGGUCGUAAGAGGCGAGGCAUGA